GGGGGCGUCGGGGCCCGGCGGGAGCCCCAGGGGCCGCGGCAGCCCCGACCACGCAUGGCGCCCCGCAACGCCACCGCGUCCAACAGCCCGGGGCUGCCGGGCUCCCCCAAGCCGCCUGAGGCCUUGGGGCCUGAACCUUCAGACGCCCACAUGACGUGGCUGACCUUUGUCCGUCGGCCGGAUGCCGGCGCCUCGAAGAAACGGUGCCGAGGCCGGGACAAGAAGUCGCGAGGCCUCUCGGGUCCCCCAGGGCCUCCUGGGCCCCCCGGCCCCCCAGGGCCUCCCGGUGCAGAAGUUACCCCAGAGGCCCUGCUGCGGGAGUUUCAGGACAUGCUGAGAGAGGCCACUGAGCGUCGGUUCCCAAGGCUGCUGGACCCACUGCUGCCCCAUGGGGUGGGCCUGCGGCUGGUGGCUGAGGCUUUCCACUGCCGGCUGAAGGGCCCCAUGCCAGUGGACAAGAAGACACUGGUGGAGCUGCACAGUUUCCAGGCUCCCACUGCCCAAGGCACCUUCCUGCGGGGGUCUGGUCUGAGCCUGGCUUCGGGCCGAUUCACAGCCCCAGUGUCCGGCAUCUUCCAGUUCUCUGCCAGCCUGCACGUGGACCACAGCGAGCUGCAGAGCAGGGCCCGGCUGCGAGCCCGGGACACUGUGCGUGUGCUCAUCUGUAUCGAGUCCCUGUGCCACGGCCACGCGUCCCUGGAGGCCAUAUCGGGCCUGGAGAGCAACAGCAGGGUCUUCACAGCGCAAGUGCAGGGGCUGCUGCAGCUACAGGCUGGACAGUAUGCCUCCGUGUUCGUGGACAACGGCUCCGGGGCAGUCCUCACCAUCCACGGUGGCUCCAGCUUUUCCGGGCUGCUCCUGGGCACUUGAGGGCACCAAGGGCGGUCUGGGGAGGACCCCCUCACCUUGUGAAUACCUGUCAAUAAAGAGCCCCCUGCCGUA